AUGCAAAAUGUUCUUUUUUUCUUCAUUGAAGUCGCAUUCUGUAUGGUGACCAUCGUGUCAGCUCAGAUCCCAGAGUCGGACACCGUUUUACAAGUGCAGUACGGGAGUGUCACGUUUAAGACCGGAGAGAAGCUGAGGUUGAGUGACAUUACAUCAGCCCCCAGUAUUGGUCUCUCAGCACCUGCCCUGACAGGCACGUAUAUUGUCAUCAUGAUCGAUCCCGACGCACCUGACCCCACACUUCCCAUCUUCACUCAGGUUCUUCACUGGGUACAGCAGGACCUUAUCUUCUCGCCAAUGGCCGGAAAAUACAAUACAUUCGUUCCCCUUAUUACUCCGUCACCCGCACCCGCUGCCGCUCCGUACCUACCGCCUAUGCCACCACCACUCUUAGCUCCACAUAGCAACUCUUCCGAGAACACCCACCAACAGAAGCAGUCUCGGCCUGGAGGAUACGAGGCUAACACAUCUCCCGCAAAUCCUGAUAUCCAGCACAUGUCAGUCCAAACAACCAGUAAAAAGGUCUCUUGUACCUCCUGCCGACAACGUAAAAUCAAGUGUGACAAAGAAAAUCCAUGCAGCCAAUGCACAUCCUCAUUUUACGAUUGCAUAUACCCCGAAUCUUCACGUAAACGACGGCGGAAACUCCCUUUGGAGCGAAUAGAGUCACUUGAAUCCAGACUGAAAGCGAUAGAAUCAUCGAUCUCAACGAACGCGGAAAGUUCCCCCAUGAUUCCUAGUUCCAUGACAUCGGAAAUUGGGAAUAUUACGAAUAAGACUCCUCUGGCUACACCAAACGAACAUACCGCGCCCGCAGAGCUUGGGAAUCGUGAUAAAGUAUACCACGCCGUUGAACAGGAUGAAAUCGAGUUUCAAGGGUAUUCUGCGGAUCGAUCUUUUAUUCAGUGUCUAAAUGCGAAGCUAGGUGACUGGCGUGGCGGUGAUAUGACUUGGCAACAGCUCCCCUCUCGUAUAUCAGCGCCAGCAUUCUUUGAAGUCGAGGGUCGAACUCCCGCUCGAGUCACUUUACCUGAAAGAGAUAUCGCAGCCAGGCUGGUCGACGCAGCUUUGGAUGCACAGAUACUACUCUGCCUUGUACACCGACCAAGCUUUGAGGUUUCUUUCAACUUGGUCUAUUCGCUUGAAGAAGCCAACUACAGUGCCAAAGAGCAGAAAUUUCUACCGCUUCUCUAUGCCAUAUUUGCGUAUGGGUGCCUGGUCAUAGACCCCGGCUCGUACGGUCCCGAUUGUGAUAAAAAGGUGUCUCAGGGGUUGGAAUUCUACGCAAAGAGUCGACAACUCCAGAAUCUUGCCGAGUGCAGAGAUUUAACAUCUCUCCAAGCCAUCAUGUUUUUGAACCUCUUUCUUCUUUCGUCCAACCGAAUAUCGACGUGCUAUACAUAUCUCAGUGCCUCAUUAUCGAUUGCGCUACGCAUGGGUCUCCACCGGUCUCUCAAAACGGGUCAGGAUUUAAUUUCCGAGGAAAUGAGCAAGAGGAUAUUUUGGACGCUGAGGCUUCUUGUCAAUGACGUUGCCACCGCAAGCGGUAUGCCUGUUCUUCUGAGCGAUGAUGAAAUUGACCAAGAGCUUCCAAAAGAGACAAAUGACAUAAAUAUUGAAAAGAUGAGGAUUUCUCCACAGCCGCGCGGUGAGAUAUGCUAUAUAUCCGGUGCGAAUUCAUACAAGCGACUACAAAUGGUUAGGGACAAGGUGACCCACUGUGUCUACUCUCUCAAAGGCCAGACCACGUCUGAUAUGAAUGGUUUACCAAUUCAUGGUGUGAGCUUGGCAUUGAUACACGGAAUACAGGGUGACCUUGACAAUUGGGUGGAUGAUAUACCUAUGGGUUAUCGUCUUGGGACCUGUUACACCGAAGCCAGAUUGAUAAGGGCCCAAUUUAUUCUAGCUAUGUCAUAUGCUCAUGUUCAGCUCUAUCUCUAUCGGCCCUUCUUGCAUUAUGCUGUGAGAUCUCUCAACGAGCAGGUUGGUAUGUCAACUUAUGCGACUGCAUCGGUUCGGGCUAGUGAAAAUAUUAUCGCCCUGUGUGAAGGGAUGUAUGGACAAGAUCUCCUCAAGGGUGAUUUGUGGCCUGUGACGCACAUGUUGACAAGCUCUAUUCUGACAAUUUUGUAUUUUGUUGUGGUUUCUCGAGCCUCGCCUAAAACAGACAUGCUUCUUGGGAGCUUGAUAGCUGGGCGAAGAGUUCUAAAUCACCUUGCUGAACAUAGUCUUUUCGCCAAUCGAGGUAAAGUCAUGCUGACGAUCAUGAUCUCCACCCUCCCGGGAACUCUUCGACAUAUCCAAGAAAAGCUUCUUCGCUCGGAUACCCAAGAACUCCCCGGGCUUCAAAAUGAGAGGCUUGCGAGCUAUUCAGGUCCUUUUGAUAAUGCACUCAAUUCCCGGCUGGCGUCUGAAACCUUCUCGCUGUCUCCAAAACAAAGUCCUGUCGGCUCAUUGCCAGCCUCUACCGCCGCUGAGUGGGGAGCAAACCCUAGUAAAUCCCUCAAUUCAUCAACUGUGCUCAGUGAUAGCCAAUGGAAUCCCAGGGUUUCAAAUGCACAACAUUCGACAAUCGGUACUUUCCAGCAAGACUUGGCUGGAACAUCGGAAUUUUGCAAAGCUCAUGAUUCCUCGAAUGAAUCAAAUAGCCAUCCGAUUAUUGGGGAAGACCAGACCUAUCCUCGAAGUCAGAACUUGGAAGAGAUGGGAGUUAUAGACGAAUUCCUUCAAGCUCAGCCGUUGAAUCUUCAACAAGACUGUAUUGAUGAGACUUGGUUCAGCGCUUUGAAGAUGGCUGGCUUGGAUUGUUCAGAUGACUUUCAGAGUUCUAUUUCACGCUUGGAAUGUUUAGAGCAGACUUUCGAUUUCGAUGGCUGA